GCUAAGACGAGAAGAAUGCGAAGCCCUGAACAAUGCAGGAGCGUAUAGGCCGAAGGCGUGGCGGACAAUGGAUAUUGAACAUGGGGGUGAUAGAGAGGUGAUGGUGACCACAUCGGUCUGCCGGCUGAUCCCAAGUUGGUCCCGGUUUCCCACACUUCUCCCAAGCUCUCGUCGCCGCCCGCAACGAUGACGGCCAAGACAUCGUCGGCGAGCUCUGAAUUUGUAUUCCCCAGGUCGUCUUCGCCGGCGAAGGAGGACCUACGCGCCAAUGCCCACCCGUACGCGAUCAAGACGACCUCGACAGGCAUCCUGUCCCGGUCCAACUCGUCCCCACAACACCCACCCUCGCACUACAAGUCGUCGCACCACUACGUCCCCGCCGCGCCCAAGAAGUCGGAGAGGCCUGCGCGCAUACACGGACACCGUUACUCGCGCAGCUUGACCAGCGAUUCCCCUCGGCCGCUCCCCGCUCCGCCUGUGUCCGAUAGCGAGGACAACGCGUCGCCGAUCAAAGCUAUGACGCGCUCAGAGACGGCACCGAUAGCCCCUACGGUUCCUCAAUCCCCUCUGACACCCUCCGACCUCCUUCCUGAUGACCUGCCCCCCAAUCCGAAGCUGUGGACACCCUCGCAGCUGGCCACGUACCUCACGACUGCCCUCCGCGUCAAGUCCGGAGAGGCUUUGCAGCUGCCCAAACCCGUGGCCAAGGAUAUCGCGCAGUUUGUGAGGGAUAGUAAGAUGACGGGGAGGGCAUUCGUGCGCAUGACGGAGAUGGACCUGGAAGCCUAUGGCAUCAGUAAACCCUGGUGUGCAGCCCUUCUGGCCGCGUCCCGGAACCUCCGUCACAACGUCCUUAAAGGCCGCAUAUGGGGCUUCGGCAAUGAUACUGCGUCUGGCGAAUCCGAGGGCGACGAUGAAGAUACACCCAAUAAGCGCCGUCGCUCCGCCUCAACUUCUACUUCUUUCCAACAAUCCAAUCCCUUUGACUCCGACCUAUACUCCUCUGCGUCAUCGUCUUCGUCGCUCGAUCUUAGCACGAACUCGGCGAUUCGUGGGCAUUACCGGAAUGGUCGCGUCAAAGGGAUGGUGGCGUCCUUUGAGCGCAGCGGCAGCAUCGAUGAGGGUCGUCCUCCCCGUCGCGAGCGCAGCGACAGUACUGCCAGCAGCGUGGACAGCCUGCCCGAGGAGCCGCUCGACGACAUGUAUCUGACGCAGCGCCCUCUGCCCACGCCGCCUGCUACGAUUAAGCUGGGCUCCCCUGCUAACGGUCGCGCGCUCCCUACGCCACCGUCCAUCGCUCCGUCCAUCACCUCCGACACUGAGGGAUACGAGACGGCUGCUUCCGUCGCCCAUCUCGACGAUGACGAACCGACGAUGGAAGAACUUCUUGCUGCGUCUGGCGAGAUUCCGACUUCGCGACCGUACGGUGGAUACGCUUGGGAGAACGCACACGACACCCUCGUUACGAUGAAGCGAGUACCCGCGCCCGCUCCGGAGGUGCCAACCUUUGCCGAACCGAUCAGGAUCAAGAGCAGCGACGGCAAGGGAAGCGGUGGUAGUAGCGAUUGCAAGCCACGGGUCGCGCUAUCCUUGGACGAUAUCUUCAUGGUCUCGCCAUCGCGAUCGUCGCCGUCUCGUCCAUUGCCUCCUCCGCCGCCUACUUACCCGCCCAUCCUGGAGCUACCCGCCACUCAGGAUAAGGCCAUCGCAGUAUGCAUACCGGAUAACGACGCGCUCGAGUAUGCGCGACUCAUGGCGGAUAUUGGGGUCACGCGCAGCUUGAUCGAGCAGUUCCGCAUACGGCUCGAGGAGGUGGAGGGCAAGGUUGCGGAGAUGGAGGAGCAGGAGCGCCAGCGGGAGAUCGCCGCCAAAGCUGAGCAAGAACGAGCGCAAGCGGCCGCCGCAGCUGCAGCUGCUGCCGCUCCUGCACCACGCGAACAUUGGCUACCUGUUCUCGCCGGAUGGGCUUUACAGAAAGUCGGACUUGCUAGCGCACCGUCGGAAGACGCGCGUCGACGAGGGCGUACUCUACAGAUCGAAGACCCAGCUACCCUUCGUGCUCUACCGCCAUACAUCUUCUUUGUCGGGCUAGGUGUCUGUGCCGUCGUUCUGCGCGUACUCCUUCGCCGGGUCGGCGGCAAGAGCCUCCUUGUUAGGUGAUUCUUCACUGUGCACCGUUCAUACUUACAACACCCCUGCUCAUCGCUCCUCACCCCAGCCUGUUGUCUCGCUUCAUAUGAUACCUACCAUGUUCGUUGUGCUUACGACUGUGUUUUCUGCUGGUCAGCCGCCGUGUUCCUGCUGUACAUGUAAUCCUCACCGCUCGCCUUCCCGAAACUUACGACCCCUCAUGACUUGUCACGACCCAUGAUCAUGCCCAACCCCAACCCCUUCGUCAAACUGCUGUAUCACACAGCAGCGCGCCGCUCCCCUCCGCCUUGUACGCUUAGCAUCUUUGACUGAUCUUUAUUACCUAUCGUUUCGCCGUAUGUACCAAGUCGCGCGACAGAUUGAGACGUGCUGACUUUGGAAUGACAUGCCUUUAACCUUGGCUGCGCGU